UGGUUCAUUCGAUGCUGAUCGGUUUCAGACGUCAGUUGCGGCUCCCGGAUAAUUUUUCGUGUAAAAAACAAAUAACACUCGUAUUCACUUGAAAACCGAUUUCAAUUGUAAAUGCUUUGUGGGAAAACUCGAGAGCACUUUACAUAAACCAAAUGCUCGAUCUCUUGAUCAAUUGAAAAUAACCCAGUGACGAAUCCGUUGCGUAUUGUAUUUAACAACAAAUCGCGUAUACGCCGUGUGCACGCCGAGUAUCUAAAAAGUCGACAACAACAACAACAAUAAUCUAUAUAAAUUCGCCUAAAUGCGUGAUCGUCAUUUGGGCAAAAUGCCGCGUGGAGGAACGACAACAGCACGCUAUGAGGAGGAUCCGGAUAAUGCGUGGAACGCCUGUUCCUGGUGUGAAUACAUGCUGAUAGUCAUAUUAUCGACUAUACUUUUGGUGGGCGUAUUGAUUCUCACACUCUUCUGGGUAAUGUUCUAUCGUGGGGGCUUCGCCUGGUCGGAUAAACCCUCACAGCAGUUCAAUUUGCAUCCCAUACUCAUGAUAGCUGGUUUUGUAACGCUUUCCGGAUUUUCAAUCUUAAUUUAUAGACUGUGCCGUUGCAUGAAGCACAUCUAUGUGAAGCUGAUUCACAUGUUCUUUCACGCCGCAGCGAUACCCUGUAUUGCCCUCGGCUUCCUCUCCGUCUUCGACUCGCACAAUGUAUUGCAAAAGGUGAAUUUCUACAGUCUCCAUUCGUGGCUGGGCUUCGUGACAAUGGGCAUGUUUGUGCUGCAAUUUGUAAUUGGCUUCUUCAGCUUUCUGGUGAUGCUCUGCUGUGAAAACAAGACUUACAGCUGCCGUUCAGCCAUGGUUCCUAUACAUGCCAGCUUGGGAUUGGCCAAUUUCUGGCUGGCCAUUGCCACAUCCGUCACGGGAAUUAUUGAGAAGGAACGCGAGACCGCCAAAGAUCCAAACUUGAGUGAGGACAACAGACUCAUUGAGCACUAUAUAACGAGUGCGAUAGGCAUCACAUUGGUUGUCAUUGGGAUUAUCGUGACCUUUGCCGUGCGAAGGACAAACGCUCCUGCCUCCGCCAAAGUUUAUGUCACCGAACGCAUUUAGAUGGAUAUGGAUGAAUUUUCCUGCUACGCCCACUACGACUACGAAUACGUCAACGCCUACGUCUAUAUACCAGAGCCAGUGUUAUUCAAAGGCUAAUGUUAUAUAUACAUAUAUAUAGCUGUGCAAUUCUAAAUUUGAGACAUAAAAUCAUUGUUGUGUUAGCACAAAUAAAAAACACGCUUUUCAUUCUCUACUAUCCACUGUAUAGUUUACAUACAGUUAGUUGAGUAAUUGUUUUGGCAAAAUAAAGAUUCAAAAAGUUUAUGAAUUUUGUUACGGUUCCUUGAGAAAGCUAAAAAAUAAAAUACUAGGAUCCAUUUUAUUUUGUCAAAACAAUUACUUGGCAUACUGUAAAUUUUCUACAAACAUGAAUAUCCUAAUGCCAAAUCAAAAUCUCUUUAUAAAUCAAAAACUCGUAUCUCUUUUCUAUCAAUCAAAAUGCCAAUCCUUAACUGCUAAGUAGUUUUAUAGAGAUUAGAAUCUCAUCACCAUUAAGACAUUUGAAUCACGCACUUUUUAAAUACACAAAAAUUAUUUAAAUAUAUCUAUAAUAGCAACUAUAGGACCGCCCAACCUAGACCAGAACAGAACAGACCAAUCAUUAAAAUCUACACUUAAACUAUAAUAUGAUAAUAUGAUCAAACGAACAACAUUCUUUGCCACUUCUAUUGUAGUUUUCUAGAAAUUUUUAUACUCGAACAAAUCGAUGCAAUAUACUAUUGAUAUUGUGGAACGCACUAUACAAUUAAAUGCAUCUUUACAUAAAAUAUAUUAUAUAUAUACACAUACAUAAAAUAUUGUCGCAUUUGAUGUUCUUGUAAUUGUGCAAAUAAUUGUAUUUCCUAAAAAGCUAAGCAAUAUAAGUUGUAAAACAAUUUUACAAA